AUGGAGUUAAAGGGUGAGAAGUAGCUCUCCUAGAAAAUCAGAGACAAAUUUGGGGCAGAGUAAGAUGAGACUACUGAAGCGCUUUAGCAGAGUGGAGACUUCGCAUCUCAUUCCCUAAAUAACAUAAUGGGAUUCGCAAUGACUGCUAAUGCAUUAUUUGGUGGAGGAGGAGGUGCUCAUGGAUCAACGAUGCAAGCAGUGUUCAAUGGAGACUCGCCAGAUCACUACACAGAGUCAUUCAAACUGCUGAAAAAGUACAUUGAUCAAUCUCUUGAUUAAUACAAAGAGGAUUUGAUGAAUGUGCUCUUUCCAAUUUUCUCACAUUUAUUCCUCAAUAUGAUUCAAGCUUAAUACUAUGAGCAGGCUAAGCAUUUCUUUAAUGAGGAGAAAGGUUAAUUUAUGAUGAAAUAGAGUGAGGAAUUGAACAUCUUAGAAUAAGUGGAUUCAGUAGCAAAGCUCUCAAUCCCCGAGGUUUAAAACUUCCUUAACAAUAAGUUCCUAGUUAAAAUGUCAGUCUAUGCCUCCUAACUCCUCAUGCAUUAUGUCAAGCUUAAUCAAUUCAUUUUGAUAAUGCAAAUCUUGAACCAGAAUGUGACCUUUUAGCUUUCUGGUGAGAAAACUAUUGUAGAUCUUAAUGGUCUCACAAGUUAUCUUAUUUCAGACAGUGUUCAAGAGAUCAAUAAGACUGAACUUUUGUUAGGUAAAUUACCGCAUUUCAGUCCUGAGUAUGCUAUUUAAAAUCAAUAAAUGCCAGCGAGUGUGUCAGAUCCAAACUAAGCCACUCCUGCAAAUCAAAGUCAAUAAAAUGCUAGCCAGCAAGCAGCAGAUCAAUUACAGCAGAAGGUAACUAUAAUUACAUCCCACUUAAAAUCAAUUUAGAAAUUGAAAAAGCAAGUUCAAAAUAUAAUGACUGAACCAAGCACUCUGAUUCCAUCAAGAUUACUGACUGCAAUUACUCUAAGUCAAUCAGGAAAUCUUAUGGCUUGUGGCUACCAGGAUAGCAUGAUAAAAGUUUUUAUUCUUGAUUCAGAAUAAUAUGAGGCUGUGACCAUUCAGGAUGUGAGAAUGGAAUAAUUUGAAAAGUAGAAUGGUCUUUAAAAUCCAAAUAACCCUGGCAUAAAUAUUUAGCUUGCUUAAAGAAGGAAAAUGGUUAAUCCAUAAACUUAAACUCUGAAUAUAAAGGACUUAAGAUCAGAUAUGGAGGAAAAGAAAAGCCAAAAGGAAUAUGUGCUGUAUGGUCACUCUGGCCCAGUUUACGGGCUAACUAUACUCCUAGAUGAUAAAUCCAUGCUUUCAUGCUCCUUCGAUACAUCGAGAUAUUACUUUGCUUCUUGUUCAAAUGAUAGAACUGCUAAACUUUGGCAAAUUAAGCAGCAUGUGCCAAUAAGAAUUUUUGUUGGACAUCUUUCUGAUGUUGAGGCUAUUGAGUUUCAUCCAAAUGUUCACUAUCUUGCUACUGGCUCUAGUGAUAAGCAAAUUAGAUUGUGGUCUUGUCUCUCAGGGGAAUGUGUGAGAAUUCUGCUGACUAUCCCAGGAACAGUGAGAAGCCUCAAAUUCUCAAAGUCUGGAAAUCAUUUGAUUUCUGGUAACGAGUAUGGGUAGUUAGUGAUAUUUGACAUUAACAAAGCAGUUCCACUUGAAAUAAUAUAGACCUGCCAAACUAAAGCUAUUUGGAGUAUUGAUGUUAGCUGGGAUGAUCAGAUGAUUGCUAUAGGAACUGAAGAUGCAACCAUUGAACUCUAUAGUCUGAACAAGAUCCUCAGUCAGCAAGGAAAGAGCGAGUAUUAAGGAUAAGUUUAGAGAAUACCAGGGAAGAGCUCAAGCACCUCCUUUAUCAAAUCUUUUAAAACUAAAACAAAUGGCAUCUUGUUGACUUAAUUUACCUGGAGGAAUUUCCUUUAUACUGCUGGUUGUUUCGAAAAGAAGUCAAAUCUGCUUAAGAUCCUUGAGAUUAUUCUAGCCUAAUAAGAUAAGAUUAAGAUUGUUUCAGAUCUCGCAUUUGAUGCUGUUGAUUUAGAUGGGAGUGGAUUUUUGGAAAAAAAUGAGUUAGCAGAAGUAAUGAAGAACGUAGCUUAUGAAAUGAAAGUUAAGCCUCCCACUGAUGGUGACAUUGAUGCAGUCCUUAGAGAAUUAGAUGAAGAUUAUGACGAGAAAGUGUCAAAGGAUGAGUUCGUACAAUUGAUUAUUCAAGUUAUGAGGAAAAUGCUUGAGUCUGAAGAAGACCUACAAAAGCAAAUUAAUUCUUAGGUAAAGAAGUGA